GCUCCGUGAUGAAGCUCGACGACGAGGCCUUCUCCUUCGACAUGAUCGGCCAAUCUGAUCUGGAUUUCGGUACCUGUGAAUAUCUCGGGAACUGUGAGUAUAGUGUGUUUGUAUAGUAAUAAGAAAAUGUAAUUCUUUUUUUCGACAGUCUGCUUAUAAAGAUUAGAUUUCGAUCUUAUCGAUGUCUCGAUAUCUCUUCAACAGUUAAAAAUGCAUAAGUUAUGGGUACGCAAAAACACGACGAAAACAAACGAAUUACGUGACGAAAAAGAACGGAAAAUUGAAAGGUAAAGAGCGAAAUAGUCUUAUACGAAAAAAAAAGUUUAAAGGAUAGAGACAAUUUUCAUAGCGUUAUAAGUUAAUUUAUGGGAAGUCAGUAUUUUCUUUCGUAUUUCGUAAAUAUUUUAUCUGUUUAUCUAAACACUUAAACACUAAAGUAUUAAUCUGUUAUCAAUGCAUUGCUAUUCAGUAUCAAAUAGAGAUUACGAAUAUCUUGGCUUUUUUUUCGACUGUCGUAUCACAUAAUUUACGACGAUAUUGACGAUCAUAAAUAAAACCUCAAAAUUCAGUAAUCCAAGAUUGCUAAAUUUAAGAAAGGAGAAAUAAAGCCGAAAGUCGGAUUGUGUUUAUCGAAAAACAGAUAAUGGAUAUUUUUUUUUUAAAUACUGUAAAUUAAUAUUAUAUGAAAUUUAAGAUUUGCAAUUCAAUGCCUUGGGUUCUACUUCGUAUAUUUCCAUUGACGUAAUUAGCAUUUUUUUUUAUACAGAGCUAAAAUAAAAAAGAAAAGAAAAACGGCUUGAUACAUGUAUAAAAAUACAUAUCGCGUAGUUGAAAAUAUUCGUUCUUCUAGAAUUUAUACAAGUCCCCUUUUUCGAUCAUCGACGAGAAAGUAACGAAUAUUCUGUAUAACACAAUUCGACUGUUAUUUCGGUCGUGGCGCAACAAAUUACAUCACAAUUACAGCAGCGCCAAAAACUUGUCAAACAUUAUUGAGAGGAUGUAUCCCAUCUCUUGUUCAUCUUAUCUUAUCUUAUCUACACAUGGGGGAGAUACCAAAUUUUUUUCAUAUAACCGUACACUUAGACGAAUUAUCUAAUGGCACAUGUAAACUAUCUUUAAUCCUAUAUCAUCAACUCUACUCUUAUUCCGCCGUUAAAUUGCGAUUACGAUAUCAUUUAAGUAAUGUAUAUUAUUAGACUUCUCAAGUACAUUGUAUUUUUACAUAUUUUGCGUUUUAUAUGUAGCGUUGUGGUUUUUUUGUAACAGAAUCGGGCGAAAAGUAUAACAUAUUUCCAUUUUCACCGUUCGAAAAUCUUCCUGUUUUUCCGAACGUCCACGCAACUUGUACAUGGAUAUAAAAACCGAUGUGUAUCCUCUAACAAUUAACUCGAUUAAAUCAAUUUCAAAUCGGGCGCUUAUCGGACAGAUAAUGAUCGUUGAAAAAAAGCACGGGAUAUGAGCUUGCCGAUUAUAUCAUCGACGAGGUGUUGUCGCACUCGCCCGCGGUAUCUCGCAAUUAACGCCCGAGAAAUCGGUCGUGUGACACGAUACGAAAUUCCUAAAAAUAUAUACAAGGCAGAUAUCCAAAGACACGUACGACGGCGGCUCUACUAUACGCGCCGGUAUUUCUGUUCUCCCGAUUACACCCGGGUCGCGGAAUUAUCCGCGGUCGUCGCUCGCCACCCCCGCAGAUUUUUCGAACAAUGCGAGGCACACCGCACCGUCGGUGAUAUACCGAGUGCACGCACACACAGGCGCGAGAGCUAAUAAGCAUACCCCUUCGCGCGCGGCACGGAAGAAAACGAAGGGCAUGAAUCACACUUUCAUUCGCUGUCUCAUUGUCCGUCGGUGAUGCGGGAACAGGAGCAUUCUGUAUUGUACUUUAUCGCAGGGAAACUGACUCACUUCGAUUCUCUCUCUCUCUUUCUCUUUCUUUCCUUCUAUCUCUUUCUCCCCUCCUUUCUCUGCGUCUGUCCACUCAGGCAGGAGCUUUGUUACACACGUCGUUUCUCCGUGGCCUGUGUUUGCGCGAAAAGCACGAGCAAUCUCAUGGCAGCAGUCUCUUUGUCACAGUCGUCCGAUAACGAAUCAACUGUGUAGAUGAAAGAAAAAAAAAAAAACAAAUGGUCUGGGCACAGCAGCGGUGUACGCUCUUUCCACACGGAAAACGGCAUAGGAAAAAAGUUAAUCGUUAAACGGACACAUUCACGAAUUUAAGGAAAUUAUUCUUUCACGACGAACAACAAGUUUCGUUUCAAGCUUACGUUUGUACCUGCAAAAUUUUUAUUUUAUACAUUAAUAUUUUAGACUUCGCAAAGAAUCCUUUCUCAAAGGAUUCUGCGACAAAAUUCAAAUUGAAUUUUUAACUUUCAACUUCGCUCAACGUUUACGUCGCCUCUGACGCGCUAUUGCAGCUGAUCGCCGUUAAUUAAAUCGCUUGAUCGUUAUUAACCGCCCGACACGCCGCGCAAUUACUCUUAAAAUAGUUGGAAAACACGCGGUAUAUCCACGGCAUAGUCUAUGAAUGAGAUAAAUACGUGCAUGUGCGCGUGAGGCAAUAUAUUUUCGACAAGGCAAGUCCCACUUUCUAUAUUUUUAGCCCGUUCCGACGCUUACGUAGGCCCUCGCGUAGUAAGAAAGAACGAUGCAAUUUUGCGCACAUCUGAUCUCAGGCGUCGUUACCUAGGACGCAGUGACGUAAUGUCAUCUGAGCCACCUGGCUCCGCGGCCGAGUCGUCAUAAAUAAAAUGACAGCGUAAUGACGGACAUACGCCUCUUUUUUUGUGUCUUUUUCCAUGGCAAGGACAAAGAACUUUGCGAUUUGCAUUCGCUGUAACGAAUUGUUUUUCGUUAUACGGAGCGCAGAUUUCGUUACGAACGCUCCUAGGCAGAUAAGUGAUCGUCAAUAGUCAAUAUCGUAUCGUUUCCGAUCUUAUCGAUGUGUAUCACAUAUCUUUCGAUUACUGAAUUUACUCGACGAUUAUUGAUAUCUUCUAGAUUACGACGAGAUACGAAAGCUAUAAUAUAGUGUGCAUCUCGCGCCUGAAAGUUUUCUCAAAAAUUGACACGAAGUCGCGUGUUCUCUUUCGUGAGAUCGUCAGAGGAUCGGUUUGUACGAAUUUUUUUUUCGAGUACGGUCUUUCAAGAGCUUAAAUAUCCUUUAAAAUCCGAAAAGAUUCGCGGUUUUGCGAGGCGCACGAUCGCGUUAACGCUCACGUCCGCGGCCUCUGGGCCUCCCACCAUCGCGAAACGCGCGGCAAAGCACGACGGCAAAACGUGCGUACGUUUACAGCUGUUUGCCAGUCGUCACCGGACCGCCGCCGUGGUGUCUGGCGAAGGUCAUUAACGCCGUCGUGAUUAUCACCGUUCACUCGCCGCCUGCUCGCGUUCCCGCUCGUCGCCGCGUAAUUUUUCGGCACCGCCGUUGAAAAUCGUCCAGUUUCGAGACGGCUGGAGCGAUGGGAGACACCCGUCAUCUCGCGUGAACACGCGUCUCGCGUCUAGGAAAGCGUUGAAAGAGGAGAGAGAAAUAGAGAAAAAGGGAAAGAGAGAGAAGUCGGCAACAGACGGAAGCGGCGAAAUUGAAUUUCUCGAUUGUUCGAAUCGCGAAACGGGUUGGCGGUAAGAAAGUAAACAACGUCGCCGAGCAGCGUCGCGAUAGUGAUCGAGAGAGUGGCGAUUCAUCGAGAUCGACGGGGACCGGCACGGAGCACCAACCGGUUGAAAAAGAGAGUCCUCACGAUGGGCCUGGCAGACGCAGAUCUGGGCAUGGGCGCAGGUGCAGCGGGUGGACCCGUCCUGACUCUCCCUGGUCCAGGAGUCAACGCCGCCCUCUCACAAACAUGCGCCAUAUGCAGCGAUCGCGCCACGGGGAAGCACUACGGCGCCGCGUCUUGCGAUGGCUGCAAAGGCUUCUUCCGCCGAUCCGUCAGAAAGAAUCAUCAGUACACGUGCAGAUUUCAAAGGAAGUGUCCGAUUGACAGGGACAAGCGAAAUCAGUGCAGGUAUUGCCGACUGCGGAAGUGCUUCAGAGCCGGCAUGAAGAAGGAGGCCGUGCAAAACGAGAGGGAUCGGAUAAGUUGUCGGCGACCGAGCAACGAGGAUCCGCCUGAUAAGAACAAGGGCCCGUCGAAGGAGGACGUGGUGAAGGCGGAUGCACGCGCCGAAAUGCUCAGCAAGCAAGUUGGCGGGUUAGAGCUACCGCAGCCAGACAGUCCGAACGGCGAAAUUGAUCUCAGCUCGAAGCGGAUAGCUGGGCUGAAUGACGUGUGCGACAGCAUGAAGGAGCAACUGUUGAUCCUGAUCGAGUGGGCCAAGUGCUUCGACGAGUUCAAAGCGCUGUCGCUGGACGAUCAGGUCGCGUUGCUGAGGGCCCACGCGGGCGAGCACCUGUUGCUCGGGGUGGCCAGACGUAGUCGGAACUUCACGGACGUGCUGCUGCUCGGCAACGAUUGCAUCAUCAUGAGAAAUUGUCCUGUAAUAUCGUUGCAAUUUAUAGAGGGAAGCAACCAGCAGGAUCUGGACAUCAGCAAGGUGGGCAUCAGGGUGAUGGACGAGCUGGUGAAGCCGUUUCAGAAGAUCAAGAUCGACGACACGGAGUUCGCUUUUCUCAAAGCCAUCGUGUUCUUUGACCCGAACGCGAAAGGACUGAGCGAUCAGAAGACGGUCCGGGAGCUGCGCCACAAUAUCCAGAUAAAGCUCGAGAAUCACAUCAGCGAUCACCGCUGCGAUCUGCCCGGUCACUUCGGCGACAUCCUGCUGAUGUUACCGGCUCUGCAGUCGAUCUCGUGGCAGAUGGUCGAGCAGAUUCAAUUCGUCAGGCUAUUCGGGGUGGCGCACAUCGACAAUCUGCUUCAGGAGAUAUUCCUGGGCGGCACCACGUCGGAGAUGAACGGCACCGCCACCCCCCUGCAGAUUACGAACACCACGCCGGGCAGUUACAUGAGCAACAACGAGAGCCCCAGCAGCCCCCUGACGCCGGCGAACACCGGCAACCUGAGUCCACAAGCCGAUCAAAUGCCCGUCAUGAUCCUGAGGGAUCUCACGCCUCCGAAUCAGGAUUUCCGAUAUUUCAAGCAGGAGCCCAGCCUCGAGCCCGAGACCAGCUUCUGACUAGCUUCGGGAACUGAGCUCACCGCUGAAUAGCCAAUGUUCUGCUCAAAAAAAAAAAAAAAAAAAGAAAUUGAAUUGCUCAAUUAGCAAAACAGCGCGUAUUCCGUUAGUCGAAUCAAAUGUGAUUGUUGAUGUUGAUCGUGGAGGGCGAGAGGAAGAGAAAUAUCGACACUGUAAUUUAACGGUGCGGUAUGCUGUGGUCACGUUUCCUAAUUGCAGCUCACGAAUUAGCCAAGGCCCGCGCACCUGUACAGAUAACGAUUAAUUAUGCCGAUCAAGACGAAUGAUGUGAUAAGCGACAAGAUCGUGCCUAAUUGCCACUAUUUUACUUGCUAUUACCACUGUCGCGACAAGUAUUCGGGCCAUUUCCAAAAUCCGGGCCAGAGCUCGAGAAUAAUACGCGUGGCAGUAUAACCGUGCAAUUAAUAAUAAUAAUUAUUAUUAUCGAUAAACUUGGAGCAGGGAGUGAAACCGAUUCCGUCGCGGUGGAUUCCGUUGGUAUGCAAAAAGGAAGGACUCCUAGCCUUAUCGUAAUGAUUGUAGCACUACUUCAAUUGUGUGCGACUAACAUUAGUAAGGCUCGGAUUUUCUAUGCCUUACUGACAUAGGAACUCGAGUUCAGCGAAAUAAUAUCGGUUUCGAGCCCUGAUUUAGAGAAUAGAAAGUAAGGUCGUAUCCGUUAUAUUUUUGUACAUACAGAGGUAUGUCUGUAAAUCGAGUUAAGUGGACGGAAACAAUAGGAAACAUCGAGCGUUGAUGUAACGAGAAAUAUAUCUAUUUUUUUUUUCUACUAUUCUGCUCAGUCCAAAUCUGAAUGAAUAGCGUUAUUAUUCGUGAUGUAAUGUAAAUAGCAUGAUGCAGCAACACGUAUAUAUGUAACAUUCCAAGUGUAGCCGUAUCGACAUAAGCGUUAUAGAUAGUCUUAAAAUAUAUAGCUGAUGGGACGCACGCGCUAACGUGAUCAUCGAGUGCGGGUUCCCUGCAAAAUGAAAAGUGCGCCAUUGCAAUGCAAUUUACCGUUAGCAGUAGUGAUGAGGAGUGCACAAGCGUUGGCCAUUUUGCGCGUGCGAAUGUCGAGCUGUGCCUAAUCAAAACGAAAAAAAAAAAAAA